UAGCUGCAUCGGCAUUAUUUAGUUGCGUCGAGCGGAGCAACAGCGUCGAGCGCGUACCGCUGGACAGGCGCUGGCAGCGCUAUUGACCCCUGCGAACGUGUAAAGACGAAACUGCGCCCGACGAGGGCGCCGCAGUAGCUCCCUGCAUUCACACACUGUUGAGCACCGCACGCGUCGCCGCGAAGCGCAAACAAGCAAUGAGCUACCUCCUCCCCCACCUGCGGACGGGCUGGGCCGUCGACCAGGCCAUCCUGAACGAGGAGGACCGAGUUGUGGUGGUCCGGUUCGGCCACGACUACGACCCCGUGUGUAUGCAGAUGGAUGAAGCACUCAGUAAGAUAGCGGACAAGGUCAAGAACUUCUGUGUCGUUUAUUUGGUGGACAUCACGGAGGUGCCGGACUUCAACACGAUGUACGAAUUAUAUGAUCCUUGUACCGUGAUGACGUUUUUCCGCAACAAGCACAUCAUGAUCGACCUGGGCACGGGCAACAACAACAAGAUCAACUGGGCCCUGACGAACACGCAGGAGCUGAUUGAUCUCAUCGAGACCGUGUAUAGAGGUGCUCGGAAGGGGAGAGGAUUGGUGGUCUCGCCGAAGGACUACUCGACGAAGUACCGGUACUAAGUAUGUUUCAAGUGUAAUCG